UUCUUAUAAAACCCUAAAUCCCUCUCUUCCCUCUCGUUUUCUUCUUCUUCUUCUUCUUCUUCUCCUUUUUUGCGUUUUAUUUUUUUUAACUAAUUUAAUUCCUCUGUAUCUUUCUCUCUGCGGUUUCUUCCGUAUAUAUUUUUUCCCAAUCGGAAGUCGCCCCAAUUCUAUUCAGAUCUUCCCCAAAAGAUCUUAUCUUUUUUGGGUUUUAAUUUCUGGGUUUAUUUGGAAUUUGGGUUUUUUUUUGUUCUUUAAAUUAUGAAAGACUCGGUUGUUCAAGCGGUGGUUAAAAGGGUUGAAGACGGCGAUAAGGAGAAGAAGAAGAAGCGCCGACCCAAUCGCCGAUCCAGACAAAAUAAUUCCACUUCAGCAGCUAGUCCGAGAACUGAAGUAUCCGAGUGCCUGGCAAAUGGAAGAAUUUCUAAUCAUGUAACCACAUCCUUGAAGCAACCUCAGUUAGACAUGCAUCCUCCAUAUGAGCACGGAAUGAUAAAAGCAUCUAAUUUGGCCUUCAAUUCAUUGCCAACGAUGCACAUCAAUGAACAAGUCAAUCACGAGGAUGUGCAAAUUUUGGUAAAUCAACAUUCUCUCCCAUGUGAUCCUGCUGGAAGAUUUAUUUCAAAUUCUUGCCCUGAACCUGUGGCUUGUGGAGGAUCGCCUGGAAUGUUCAAGGAUUUCCCUCCUCAUCAUGCUGAGAGUUGUGCUCGAAGAAAAUGUUUUACUUCACACUGGCCCAUGGAGGCUGUUAAUGACGCUCUAGAGAAAGGUGAUGCUUUUAAAGCUUUGUUUCGAGUCAAUGCACACAACCGAUUGGAGGCCUAUUGCAAAAUUGAUGGUGUACCAACAGACAUUCUCAUUGAUGGACUUGCUGAGCAGAAUAGAGCUAUGGAAGGAGACAUUGUGGCGAUUAAGGUUGAUCCUUUGGCGUUAUGGAUGAGGAUGAAAGGAUCAGCUGGGACUUGUACCAGUUCUGCACUGGUGGAGGAUUUUAACUUACCACAACAAGCUAAUGAAAUUUCUGGUCUCAACUGCAAAGGUAAGGCUAAGGUAGACGAGGUGGAUUUGUAUGCUAAUGGUAGAAGAAGCCUGCUUCCUGAGAGGAGGUCAUGUCCUCAGGAAAGUACUUAUCCUGGUGAAUCUAUUACUUCAAAGCCAAUUGGACAAACAAGUUAUGAUCAUGUUGCUGGGAGGUACCCCUCGGCUUCAGAUUUUUUACAAGAAGGUUCUCAUGGUGAGCAGAAUGAAGUUGCAGUUGCAAUAGAGAGGAUAUGUGCCAUGAUCAGUUCAUUCCCUUCAAAACGACCAACUGGCAGGGUCGUUGCUAUCAUUGAAAGGUCUCCACGUCGAGACUCUGUUGUUGGUUUCCUUCAUGUUAAGAAGUGGAUUGCUUACAGGGAAGUUUGCAGAAACGAUAUGGGAAAGAACAAAAAUGCAUCAUUUUCUAGUGAUGAGUACAUUCAGAUGAUCCCAACUGACCCAAGAUUUCCGAAAAUGGUGGUCCUUGUGAGAACCCUGCCUGAUUCAAUCAAGAAGAGAUUGGAGAAUGGUGAUGAGUCAAUUGAAAUGGAGUUGUUUGCUGCCCGAAUAGAUGAAUGGGAUGAGGAAAGUUCUGCUCCCCAAGCUGUCAUCUUGAAUGCUUUUGGCCGGGCAAGCGAAGUACAGCCACAAAUUGAAGCAAUUUUAUUCCAAAAUUCAAUUAAUUCAUCAGAUUUUUCUCAUGAAUCACUUUCCUGUCUUCCUCAUCUCACGUGGGAGGUGCCUCAGGAGGAAAUCAAAAGUAGAAAGGAUCUUCGAAACCUGUGCAUAUUAACCAUUGACCCUUCAACUGCUACUGAUCUGGAUGAUGCACUCUCAGUUGAGAAAUUAUCCAACGGAAUUUUCAGAGUUGGUAUCCACAUUGCUGAUGUGUCGUAUUUUGUUUUGCCCGAUACACCGUUAGACGAAGAAGCUCAAUCUAGAUCAACAAGUGUGUAUAUGUCACAGCGGAAAUUACCAAUGUUGCCUCCUUUGCUCUCAGAGAAUAUUGGUUCGCUUAACCCAGGAGUAGAGAGACUAGCAUUUUCAAUUUUCUUGGACAUCAACUAUGUUGGGGAUGUUGUUGACCGAUGGAUUGGCCGCACUGUGAUAAGAUCGUGUUGCAAACUUUCUUAUGAACAUGCUCAGGAGAUUAUCAAUGGGAAACUUAAUUUGGAAAGUUCUAACAUUUUAGGAAAGGGUUUUCCUCAGUUGCAUGGCCAUUUUGAAUGGUCUGAUGUAAUUAGAUCUGUUAAAGAUCUUCUUGAAAUUUCCAGAGUUUUGAAGGAGAGGAGGUUUAGUGAUGGGGCUCUUCAGCUUGAGAGCUCUAAAAUCGUUAUUCUGUUUGACGAAUAUGGAGUUCCAUAUGAUAGCAUGUAUUCUGAAAGGAAGGACUCAAAUUUUCUUGUCGAGGAGUUUAUGCUUUUGGCAAAUACAACAGCAGCUGAAGUCAUAUCUAGAGCUUUUCCUGAGAGUGCAUUAUUGCGGAGGCACCCAGAACCUAAUAUGCGCAAACUCAGGGAAUUUGAAGCAUUUUGUUCUAAGCAUGGUUUGGAAUUGGAUACGUCGUCUUCUGGGCUGUUCCAGCAAUCAUUGCUGAGAAUCAGGGAAGAGCUCAAGGAUGAUUCUGUUCUAUUCAAUAUUCUUAUGAGUUAUGCUACAAAACCAAUGCAGUUGGCUUCUUAUUUUUGCAGCGGCGAAUUAAAAGACAGAGAAAAUGAUUGGGGUCACUAUGGACUUGCUGUUCCUUUGUACACUCAUUUUACGUCUCCACUGCGUCGGUAUCCAGAUAUUGUGGUGCAUCGCACGCUGGCUGCAGCCGUAGAGGCAGAGGAGUUAUUUUUGAAACAUCGGAGAAUGUUGAAUAAUUUUAGUAGGGGGGAUGAAGUUAAAAUGAGAUGUUUUACUGGUAUUUAUUUUGAUAAGAAUGUUGCUGAAUCCUGUGAAAUCAAGGAAGCACUAUCGGCUGCAGCAAUAAAGCAUAGAGUUCCCUGCUCUGAAAUGCUUGCUGAUGUUGCUGCUUAUUGCAAUGCAAGAAAGCUGGCUAGUAGACAUGUCAAGGAUGCUUGUGAUAAGCUCUACAUGUGGGCCCUGCUGAAGAAAAAGGAGAUUGUAUUAUCAGAAGCAAGAGUAUUGGGUGUGGGGCCUAGAUUCAUGUCCAUUUAUAUUCACAAGCUUGCUGUUGAACGUCGAAUAUAUUAUGAUGAAGUUGAAGGCUUGAUGGUAGAAUGGCUUGAUGCUACAUCCACAUUGGUGCUGAAUUUAUGUUCUAACAGACGCUCGCACAGGAGAGGUAGUCCUGGUAAGUGGAGGGCGCUUGAAGAUGUUGCCUUGGUUGUAAGACCUUAUGACCUCAAAGCUGAACUAGGUGGAACUGGUAAUAGUUCUAAAGAGGGUGCCGUGGUCCAAGAUGUUGGCGUAGCCACCCAUAGCGAAAUUGAUGCAGUCGUUUUCCCCCUUACACUGCGUGUUCUUUCAACAUUUCCUGUAGUGCUUCAUGCAAUCGGGGGGGAUUAUGGACCCGUUGAUAUUGGGGCAAGGCUGUACGUGAGCUCAUAUCUCUGAUAGAUUGGGUUUUGAACUGGUUAACCUAGUUGCCGAUGGUUGGAACUUACGGAGAUGAAUGGAUAACGGAGCUUUGGAAUUGGUUGACCUACUUAUUACAGAUGAAUGAUAACAAGGCUCUUCUUGGAAAUGGGCAGGUUCUGUUGUAGAUAGGACGUUAGUGUAUAGUCCGGAUAGAGUUUAAGAAAAGUAAUAAUUUUCGGUUAGAUCUCCGCUGAUGCUCUAUGGGUUAUCUCAUGCCGAAGCGUUUUGUGGGAGGGUGUUGAUAAUGGUAGAAGGGGUGGUGCGUCUUAGUCUGUGUCGUUGGCUUAUAGCCGCUGUUUUUGAUAGAGCUGCUUGCUGGAAUAGGCCUCUGUUUUUGCCGGCCAGUCUCAUCCAGUGUAACUCGGUGAAUGUGUCCCGCCGACGUCUGGCGUUUCGACACCGAGUUUCAUAAGCCAAAUUUGUGGGUUUAAUUUUCUCUGUUUGUAGGUAUUUCCUGGAUUGCUGCCCAAUAAGGUUUUUGGCUUUGGGUGGCCAGGAUUAGGGGUAAUGACCUGGGUUUGUUCUAGUGACAUAAAUGUGCGUGACUGGCAGUCUCCAGUUGAUUCAUAUGAAAGCACAACACUUGUGUGAUUUACAUUUUCUUUAAAUAAUAUGAUUCUUCACAUUAAGUUGAUGUAGACCAAAGGAGCAAUGAGAGCCAAUCUUCUACA